CAUCGCCAACACCGCCAACAUCGCCAUCAGCACCACCGAUCUUGGUGCACCGCCCAGACAGAGCCCAACCACGGCACACACCGCUGGAUACACAAUGCUCAAGGGAAACAGAAAGCACCACAGCAAGUCGCAGAAGGAGCGGAUGCAGGUCCAGUACAAGCUGCUCCACAGCACCGAUGCUCUGGAGCGACUCCCGCUGACCCGCGAGCAGCUCGCCGACCUGGUCCAUGCGAUUCAGAAGAGCAACCUCGCCAAGUUUGGGCUCGUGAAGCUCUCGACCCUGGGCCUGAGUCUCGUUCACGAAAUCGAGUCGAAGCCCUGCACCUUGCUGGAGUAUGCCGCCGGGAUGCGCAGGGACUCGAUCGUGUCGUCGCUCUUGCGGGCCGGAGCAGACCCGACGGUGUCGGCGGAUUGCCCCGAGGGUCUCUUCCGAGGGCAACUGGCGCUAGCACUCGCAUCGGUUCUGCCGGCGUUUGCGGUGUACAUCGUCUGCUUGGCUGUCCAAGGCGCCUCAAACGGACCACGGAGCUCGAACUGCAAGCUGUGCCGACAGCACCGCCCAAGUUUGCUGGUGCUCUAUCCGUGCCGACAUGAGGUCUGCCGGCAGUGCUUUUGGACAGCUGUGAUGGAGCGCCCGUGCAAAUGGGAGGACAUGGAGUGUCCUCUGGAGCAAUGUCGAACGGUCCUCUGCCUCGAGUCCGAAGCGGACCUGUCCAAGCCGUCAUGGCCGGCAAACGAGGGCCCCGCAGCAACAGCCGCCCGGUCCAGAUCCCGCUAUCUGCUCCUGCCAGAAUCCAGAUCCACGACGGCGCCGGUCAAGCCAGUGUUCCAGGCAAGGUCGAUGCGCUCGCUGGCCGGGCUCUACGUCGGAACCUAUCGGUCACAGCGGGACUCGGAGCUCUUCAAGGCCGCCGAGGAGAAUAAUGUGCUGCGGCUCGAAGCCCUGGUUGAGGUCGGUGUCGACAUCAACGUCGUCAACGAAUACGGACAAACGGCAUUUUUUCUGGCUUGCUGGAAGGGCUGCGGCCGGGUUGCCCAGAAGCUCCUCGAGUGCGGUGCCGACGCAGACAUACCCGACCACAGCAACAUGCAUCCGCUGCGACUGCUGUCGCUUCUCCAUCCGGCCGUGCUCAAGUCGCUUGAGAUGCCGGCGCCCUUGCCGACCUGGCCUGACAAUCCGACAUUCGAGCCGUCGAAUCGGCCGGUCAUGACAGUGCUCAUUCCUGUGGACUCAAGUCAUCCCGGCGCCGGCAGCUUCACGAUCGACGACUUUCUCUCCGACUCGGCCGUCUCCGCCAUCGCCGAGCUGUGCAGCCGUUUGCCGAUUGCCCCGCCGCAGAAAGAGUCCUGCAACAAGCGCUCGCUCUACUGCGACACACUGGGAUGGAUCCAGCGGGCAUUCCGCGAGGCCAUGGCCCGGCUCGACGGCGAUUUGCCAUCGGCCGCGUUCGCUCACAUGCGGUUCCUGGUCUACGAUGAGCCCGGCGGAUAUCUCCCAGCACACACUGACCUGACCAGGACUGUCGAUGGCCAAACGUCCACGCACACGUCUAUCUUCUAUCUGACGGACUGUGCCGAAGGCGGCGAGACGGUGCUGCUGGAGUCGCUGAAGGGGACGACGGCGCUGGCGACAGUUCAGCCACGCCGGGGUAGGCUCCUGUGCUUCCCGCACAUCUGUCCUCACGAAGCUCGGCCCACUGUGAGUCUGCCCAAGAUCCUACUGCGCGGCGAGAUGUUGUAGCGAAAACAUAGGCGAAUACACUCGAUACAGCCGUGUGCCGACCGCGCUGUAUGCGUUUGUUUGAUCAUCCAAG